GGGUGUAUUCUUAUUCCUUAAUUUUGUUGCAAUGCCUGAUCCAGCUAAGUCCGCUCCCGUUCCGAAGAAAGGCUCCAAGAAGGCGGUAACCAAGGCGCAGAAGAAGGAUGGAAAGAAGCGUAAGCGCAGCCGCAAGGAAAGCUACUCUGUGUACGUGUACAAGGUGCUGAAGCAGGUCCAUCCUGACACCGGCAUCUCCUCCAAAGCCAUGGGGAUCAUGAAUUCCUUCGUUAACGACAUCUUCGAGCGCAUCGCGAGUGAGGCUUCCCGCCUGGCGCAUUACAACAAGCGCUCUACUAUCACCUCUAGGGAGAUUCAGACGGCGGUGCGCCUGCUGCUGCCUGGGGAGCUGGCCAAGCACGCUGUGUCCGAGGGCACUAAGGCCGUCACCAAGUACACCAGCUCCAAGUAAAUAGACGCAUAUUCAAACCCAAAGGCUCUUUUCAGAGCCACUUAACAAUUUCAAUUAAGAGUUUUAAUGCUGGGUGCUGCUGUUUUCUACGGGAGAAGUGUGGCCAAUACAGGAUGCAAAGCUGGAACACAAGCUGGAACCGCUGCACCUGUCAAGCCUGUAACUGUGCACAUCUGUAUUCUUCAAUCAACAAAACCUGAUGCAAAAAACAAAAGGGGGAGAUAUAGGAGAUCAGUCAGAGUGGUAGGAGAAACUAUAAGGAAAGGAGCAGACCUUCUGAAAGGUCAGAAGGCUGCUCUUACACACUGCAUUCCUGUGUGUGAGUACUCCUUUCAUACAUCAGUCAGCCAGGCUGUGCGGGACAGACCCCGAAAAGCAGGACAACAAAGGGGAAGUUAAAUCUUUAACAAGGAUCAUUAAUUAAGAAGCCAGGGCUGGCCAAGGUGGCUCGCACCUGUAAUCCCAGCAUUUUGGGAGGCCAAGGUGCGUGGAUCACGAGGUCAGGAGUUC